AUGCCCCAACGCCAUUUUGACUUCACCUACACCGACGAGGAGGCCGACUGCAUCACCACCAACUCGAGCAGCCCACGGCAGUAUUUUGAACUCCUCUACUGGCUGAAGAAGCAGCCCAGCCGCACCCUGAGCAUCACCACCUCCAUCGCGCCCCUCAACCGAGCGCUGGAGAUCCGCAACUGGGCCGGCGAUCGUGCACUCUCGCCCUUCGACUUUCCGGAACCGGACAACACGCAAGAACGUUUUAUGGACCUGCUCAGACGCCUCGAGCUGAAGCAGGAAAAUGUGAAGGAGGCCGCCGAGAGAACUCUCGCCAAUCAGCAGAGAAUCUUGGACAGCUACCGGCAGCCGAGCAGCAGCCCUGCCACGACCGUAUCCUCGUCUCCAACUCUACCCGAAAUGUCCCCUCCCCAGCCAUUUGAGAUGCCGCUCAACGCCGAGUGGACCAGAUUCCAGAACGAGGCCAAGGAAUCGUUGAUGGAAAUUCAGCAGUUGAAGAAGCUGCCCUCGCCCAUCGGGCCGCCAAAGAAAACGACGCGCCUAACGAUGGUGCACUCAGAGACGCUGUCCGUCAAUGGGAACGAGUGGAAGCGACAUGAAGCCGUUCAGACGAGCGAUGUCGCCACUUGCGCCGGCAUUUGCUCUGAUAUCUGGCCGUGGACCAAGCAGAUGAGCCCCGUCAAGGAGCCCCUCCCCGCCGUCGUCUUGGAACGUCUAAAGAAGCCGUUCCACACCCGGGGACUUGUCGUCAAGAAGCGGGAGACCGGCUGCUACACAAACGGCAUCCUAAAGCGUGUACGCCUCGAGCGCCGCAAAGAAGCUGAACAGGCCGCCGAGCGCGAGAAGGCUGCCGCCCUGGUCGUCGAGAUGAGCGCCAACACCGAGCAGCAACAACAGCAGCAAUCGAAGUCGAUCUCCGAGCAGCUGGGCGAGAUUCGAAUUGGUAUCGUCAAGGAGUGCCGCUCAAAAAUCGCCCCGGCCCCCAACGAUGAAAAUGACACAAAGAUGGAGACGUUCUCGAAGUCGUUCCGCAUGGUCAAUUUGUCAAACGAGGAGCUGGCGAAUAUUAAGCUUCGUCUGUUCCGCAAGUCAAACGGCGUCCGCGACACGAUGGGCGACCGUGCCAUCGAGUUUGAGCCGAACGAGAUGUGCAAGAUUCGCAUCGGGAUGCGCGUGCCGAUGGAGCGCUACGAGAAUUUCUUCGUCUCGUACGUGAUGGAGAACGCGGACGGGCAGGUGAUCUCGCCGUACAUCCAUCUGCUCGCCUACGCUAAUAUGAAGCCGGGGCAGCAGAUGAACAUCGUCACCCAGCCGGAGACGAGCUGCGCCCGCGUGCGCCCCUUCACGAAAGACCAGAUCCCGCCCAACUCCUCGCCGGCCAAGGAGGAAAUUUCGCCGGAAGAGAAGAUGAUCGAGCUGCUCGAGAUGAAGCAGCUCAAGAUCGAGGUGGCCGAGCAGACGCCGGAAGAGAAGAAGAGGGCGGAAGAGCAGGCGUCAUGGGACGCCUUGUCGCCAAGAUCUCAAGAAGAGAUCCUGAGCGUCAUUCGUCACCACAGCCGACCGAGUUCUGAGCCCGAGCCCGAGCCGGUCAACCCGACGAAGCGCACGGCCUACUCACUGGCCGAAUACGCUAUCGCGCCCCAUCGUUUCGUUCACAACCGCCGUAGGCCGCAGGUGGUCACCACGACCACCGUCGUCCCCAUGCCGGCCCCCAUCGCCAAGCCGGACGUGAAGUCAGAAGCCAAGCCGGAAGCCAAGCCGGAAGCUGCCAAAAUUGAAGCGGUCAAGCCUGCUGCAGUUGUUGUCAAGCCAGUAGAGCCCGUUGACGAGGAGGUCAACGCCAUCAUUGACCGCGCCAUCAAUGAGCACAUGCUCAUCGACACCAGCCUCGAGGGCGACGAAGAGGAGCGCAGCGCGCGCGACGCCCGCGACGCCCUCGCCGCCAUGGAGGCCAUCCUGGCGCAGUUCCGCAUCCAGGAGGCACAGAUCGAGAUUCAGAGGGGCAUCAACGACUCGAAGGCCACCGGCGUGCAGUCGCUGGUCAGCAUCGCCCAAAACGUCGCCAAGAAGGUGCAUCCGGUUGAGGUCAUCGAAAGCCUGGAAUACCGUCACUACCAGCCGCAGCAGGAGAAGGCCAGCGAGGAGCAGCAAAACGCAGCUGAGAACGAGACCACCGAGGACGACGAGACCGAAGAGGACGAAUAUACCUACGAAUCUGAGGCCGAGGAUGAAGCCGAGGAGCCGGCCGUCGAAACCAGCUUCGAAAGCGUUCCCCCGCAAGCCGCCCAAAUCAUUGUGGAGGAGGUGGCCGACGAUGUCGAGGAGGACGAGGAGGAGGAUGUUUUGGACCACCAAUCUGAGGUUUUCCGCGCCCCCGUGCUCACCGAGUCCGAGUUCGAGCUGUACAGCACUGAUGUGACCCAAGGUGAUCAAUCGGAUGUGGAUUCCGAGACCGAGUCGCUGGACUCGUCCUACUCGAUGCCGCGCAGCUCCGAGGGCGGCGUCGACUCGGACGACGACAGCGAGUUCGAGGUGGUCGGCCGCUGUCCGGGAGGACUCGUGGCUGACUCGGCGGAAGAAGCGUGGGCGUGGGGUGCCCUUCGGCUCAACACCAGUGAUGAGAUGGACAUGAUGAAGAUGUGGCUCCACUUUGGCGAACGGGAGAAGAUCCUCUUCUCGUGGUGGAAGACCGGCACCGCAGCUGGCCUCCUUCUCUCCGUCGUCAUCAUCUUCCUCCUCUGCAUUUUCCACGAGGCGAUCAAGGGCCUGCGCUACUUUAUCGCAAUUCAGCAUGAAAACGAGAGAAGAAAUGAACGUCAGGAACGCCUAAACCGGCCGAGCCCACCAACCGGCACGCCGCCCGACAAUGUUUCCGAGAGAUCCGUUUCGUUUUCACCGCUUCUUCGAUUUAGCGGAACGACUCGCCGCCUCUUCACGCGCUACCGCAUCGCCCAAGCUCUGCUCUACGGCGUCCAGAUCGUGCUCUCCUACAUGCUGAUGCUCAUCGUGAUGACGUUCAACGUGUGGCUGAUCCUAGCCGUGGUCAUUGGUGAAGCCGUCGGCUAUUUCCUGUUCACCGGCUCGCCAGUGAUCGACGACGGCGUCAGCGACUGUUGU